AUGUGGAGCAUUCAACUCGUGGUGGCAGCACUGGUACUUCUGUGCUUGGUAGCACUGGCGAACAGCUGUUCUUGUGACAAACAUCAAAAAUUCGAGUGCGGAUGCACAAAACAUUAAAAUUUAUUAAAAUAUUGUUGUCAGCUUAUUUGUGCAUUGUCGGAUCAUUAUCCCAGUUUACAAGUAAUAUCACUGCAUCCACGGUGGCCACAUAAUCCCAGAGAGACACAAAGAUGGCAGAAAUAGCGACAACUAGCGAGGGGAGUUCCAACAGUAGCGAGGUGGAGCAACAUCAGCCUACCCCGGAGUUUCUACAGCGCAAAAUUUAUUUCCUGGUGGACCAACUUAGAAAAAUGCACGAGGAGCUGCCUGAGUAUUGAACCUCCAGACACGCAUAUCCUACGACUUACUCACAGAACUCGCCAACUGUGUCCUGAACGAGGGCAUUUUCGUAAUAGUUAAGGCUCUGAUGGAUUUGCAACACGAAACAGAAAGACAUCUCAUCAAAAUGCGACAGCAGGUGGAGAACGAGUA